CCCCUGAAGUUUAUACAUUAGUAUAUUUUUACUGUGUACAUAUUUUAAACAUUGAUUUUAAUUGAAUCACAACCUAACGAUUUCAAAAAUAAAUUUUAGUGUUUGCAUAUUUUCGCAUAGGUAUUUUAAGAUUUUUUUCUAAGGCUCUGUCAAACAGGUACGUUUUCUCUGCAGCGUUCAGUCGCGGCGUCCAGACGCAAUCGAACGCGGUUUCCAGACGCCGAGACUCAACCGUUUUCUCUGUAGCGUGCAGUCACCGUGACUCCUACAAAAGACAAAACACUCGUAAUAUCAUUCAUAGUUCAACUGUGGUCCUGUGCGAAUGUGUUUUUCUUUUUAAUUUUAAUUUUAAUAAUUUUUUUAAAAUGUAUCGCCAAAUAAUGUUGAAUAAUAAUAAAAUUAUGUUGGAGCUGUUAAAAGAGGAAGAAGAAGAUGAUCAAUUGUUAGUGCAUACAAUAAAUAAGAGAAGAAAACCAAUAUCAAAUUUAUUUUUGACAAGAAAAUCGGAAGGAUUUUUCGAAAAAUUAAUCAAAGGACAUCUUGCUACUGAUGAUAUUAAAUUUCGCGAGUUUUUUCGUUUAAAUCAUCGACAAUUUUAUUUUGUUUUAUCUUUGAUAAAAAAUCAAAUACAAAAUACACCAACAAUGCGAAGGCAUGAACCAAUAACAGCUGAAGAAAAAUUAGCAAUUACUUUGAGAUAUCUAGCUACCGGGGAAUCUUUUCGUUCAUUGGCAUUUGCAUUUCGUAAAUCCUAUAGUUAUAUCAGUAUAAUCGUAAAAGAAACAUUGGCAGUUUUAAAACAACAUUUAAUGCCAAUUUUUUUACCAGAUCCAAAUAUGAUUGAUUUUAAAACCAAGGCAGAUGAAUUUUGGACAAAGUGGAACUUUCCUAAUUGCAUUCUCGCAAUUGAUGGAAAACAUGUCAGAAUCCGUUGUCCCAAUAAUAAUUCAGAUUCUUUGUUUUUCAAUUACAAAGAAUAUUUUUCGAUUGUGCUAUUGGCAAUGGUCGAUGCAAAUUACAAAUUUGUAGCAAUCGAUGUCGGAUCAUACGGAAGAGAAGGAGAUAGCGGUAUUUUUUUAAAAUCUACCAUGGGGCAACAAAUUUUAAAUGGUGUAUUCAAAUUUCCAGAAGAUUGUGCUCUUCCAGGUACUAAUAUAAUAGUACCUCACAUUAUACUAGGAGAUCAGACGUUUAGGUUGCAUAAACACAUUCUGAGGCCCUUUUCUCAAAAAUCAGCAAGGGAAGAUAAAAACAAAACGGUUUUUAAUUACAGACUUAGCCGUGCUAGAAGAGUAACCGAAAAUGCUUUUGGGUUAUUAGGUCAAAUAUUCAGAGUGUUUUAUCAGCCAAUCAAUAUUACUCCAACAACGGUUGACGAUUUAAUCAUUGUUACAUGUUGUUUACACAACAUGUUACGGGAUGCAUACUUGGAAAAUAACGGGAAAGUAUACUAUCAAUUUGAUCAGGAAUGUUCUACUCAAAACAAUAACAUGAAAUCAUUUUCUGGAGAAGGUGGAUUAAUUAAUACGGAAGGAGUUAGAGUAAGAGAUAUUUUUAAAGAUUAUUUUGCAAAUAUGGGAGCCGUACCAUGGCAAAUGUAAAUUAUACGUCAUAAUAUGUUUUGUAUUAAUAAACGAUUAUUAUUAUUAUUAUUA